AGUUAUACCAGAACUUGCGCCUCUCACAAUCUAAAAGUGCGAGUUGGCAAAUAUUACGCCCUAUUGCUACUGACGAUCCUAGAACUGUUAUUGCCGCUUUGUUCUUUGCCCUCGCUUGGACUUCUCCAAUUCCAGGCCCUCCUGUUGGCACUGACCCACUUACUCCUGGAGGUCCAAUUCAAGUGAAAGCACCAAGCGCGGGAACUUAUCAGUAUGGAUCAUGGCAAGGUGUUAGCUGGAAUGCUAACGUCGAUAUUCCCAAUAAAUGGCAACGAAAAGUCAAGGUCUAUAUUGCCAAAUAUGUUUCCAGCGGUCCAGACCUUCUCACAUACAAAUACCUCGGCGAAUACGCUUACGGAAAUACCUAUGCUGGAUUCACAGUCGAUUUCGGUCCAGGGGUUUUCUAUGGCUACGUAGUUGUUAGCGAUGAUGCAACUGUCUGGGGUACCGGACCAAA